CAGCCUGCUUUCCUCGCCCCGAGCGCGGCCUGCGUCUCCUCACCCAGCUCCGCCGCCGGCGCCACCCGCCAUCGACCUCCCCCCUCCCCUGCAGCAACCUCUUCACCUAGCGCCGCCGCCCGUCGCCGGCCUCCUCCUCCUCGCCCCCCCUGCAGCAACCCCGCCACCGCGACCCGCCUCUCCUCACCCCGCGCCGCCGCCCAUCGCCGGCCUCCCCCUCUCCAGCAACCCCCACCCACCAGCUCUCCUCCCCAUCUUCAGCAACCCCUCCACCAGCUCAUCACGCCUCUCCUCACCCCCUGCAGCUACUGCCACCCGGCGCCGCCUCGCCGCGCCCUGCAUCUCUCCGCACCGUCCAUCUCACGGCGCUCUUCGUCUCGCCGCUCCCCUAAUGCCCUGCAUCCGCCUCGGUGCGCCCUGUCCACCUGAAGCUCACCUCUGCAUCCCCUCCUGAAGUUUGCUUUUCCCAUGGUCUAACUAAGGCAAGAAGAGAAGUUGUGCACCAAACUUUGCAGUGAGAUAAAAUUGCAGCUGAACAAGUAUGGGCAUGCCAAGUUGCCAACCAUUAUAGUGGGACACGCAUGCAAGGCGCAACUGGAUUGCCAAAACCGACUUAAACAGACUUAUAGCCCUAGGUAAAAUGACCUUUUUCUGCUCUCCGUCUCUUCCUCCUCCCCUCCCUCUUCCUCUCCAAUCUCUAGAGCCUAGACUCUUCACACAGUACACGCAUACGCACUGCACACCAAAACUACCGCUAAUUUCACCCUCUCAUCUCCUCGAUUUGAUCUGACCACCUGUAAUCCCAAAUUAAGCCGCACAGUACAGUUACCAAUUCCCCUUGGCUCCGUUCCGCGAGCAAACCCUCACGAAUUGCUGCUUCUGAUUCAUCGCGUGGUCGGGUAGGGUUUGGGUUGUGGCGUCGGGUUGGGCUGGUGUUGUCGUGAGGAUUGGUUCGGGUUUUUCUGAGUUUGGUGUACUCCGCAUGCGGCGGAUUGGACGAGGCGGGACAGCUGGUCAGGCCUGGACCUAUGGGCAGCACCGGUGAGCCCGAUCAGAAGCGGCGGCUCUCUGACUCCUUUGUAUCUCCCGCCAAGCGCCCAGCGCUUCCGCCUUCCUCUGACGACAAGAAGCUUGAUUUUGCUGUACUUAAAUACAGAAACCAAAAGCUUUCAGAACAGCUAGCUGUCCAUAAGUUUGAGUACCAUGCCCUCGAGGGUAAAUUUGACGAUCUCAAGCAGAAACAGAAGGCUCACCACGAGACCCAAGAUCUAGCUAACAAGUCUUGGGAGCAUCUUGUGAGAGAUUUGAAGGCUAUUUCUGUUUGCAAAAGUGGAUUUCAAAAUCCUUCCUGCAGUGCAGGUCCUAGCAACGUGUCUACAGAUGGCGCAUGCAUCCCAAAAGACAAGGACUUCCUUAGCAGACUUGUCGAGACAGGUGCCACAGAAAGUUCAGGUUGCCAUUUGGAAAACCAUGUACACUCGUCAACUACUGAUGUGCUGCAGAAUAUAUUGUUCUCAUCAAAUGCUUCAUGGCAUGCAAAUAAGAAGUCGCUGUUAGAUCUCUUUGCUGCAUUACCUGAAAAUGAGCGUAGUAGGGAACUGCGAACUACUGGUACUGAGUUGUCACUACAGCUUAAUGAUGCCAUACAAGAACUUAGUGAUCUCCACUUGAAGCACAGGCGGUUAACAGAGAAGCACCACGAAGAGAGAUAUUUAAACACUCGAAGCAAAGCCGAACAGAAACGCCUUAAAGAGGAGUUGGCAAGUGCUGUUGCUGAGUUGGAAGAAAGCAACCACAAAUUGGCAGUCCUCAAAGCACAGGGAGACCCUACACAUGGAACUCCAAUCUUAUUUCCAACUUUAGGAAAUAAAAGCUUGCCUGAGGAUAAUGUCAGAGACAAACAAAAGGAAUUGCAGGAUCUAGAGGCAUGUCACAAGGAGUUUACGGAUCUGAUUUCACAACGUUUGGUGGAAAUAAGGAGACUUCAUGAAGAUAGAAUUGAAAUUUUGAACAAGUUGUCUACCUUCCAGAACACUUUGAUGGAUUUUAAGAGCAUUUCUUCUUCAAAAGCUUUCCAAGUUCUGAAGGAUCAACUCCAAAAGUCACAAGCAGAGUUGGACCACUGCCGAACGCUAUUAGAGAAAUUACAGGUUAAUAAGGAUAAAUUGAUAUGGCAAGAAAGGGAAGUUAAUGUAAAAGUUGAUCUGUCUGGAAUUCCUCAUAGGGUAUCUCUGAAUUGUGAGUCAAGCAUUGCAGUUUUAAAACAGAAUCGGGAGAAAGUAGUUGAUGAAAAGAAUAUGCUUGCGCUGAAACUUGAAAAAUCUUCGAGAGAACCUGGUCGGAACCAAAUCAUAUCAGAAUUUAAAGCGCUGGUGUCAUCACUGCCAGGAGAAAUGGGUGCUAUGCAAACUGAAUUAUCCAAGUGCAAGGAUGAUGCUUCAGAAUUGCAUUCUUUGCGAGCCGAAGUUCACUCUGUUUCUGAUAUUCUGGCUAGAAAGGAGCACACUAUCAACGAAUCAUUAUGUAGGUCUGCUGAUGCUGGAUCUGAGACAAGGGAUCUACGAUCCAGGGUUUGUGAACUAAGGCAAAUGAAUUGCGAGUUGAAGCUCUUUGUGGAAAUGUAUAAACGCGAUUCUACUGAUUCAAGAGAUUUGCUGGAGUCCAAAGAUAGAGAAUAUUGUGAAUGGGCUCAUGUCCAUAGCCUCAAAUCUUCUCUUGAUGAGAGUAGGCUAGAACAGCGUGUUAAGGCAGCCAUUGAAGCUGAAGCAAUGUCUCAGCAGAGACUAGCAAGUGGUGAAUCUGAGAUUGCUGAAUUAAGGGGGAAGAUGGAGAGUGCCAGAAGGGAUAUUGGUAGUUUAUCUGAAUUAUUGAAAUCAAAACAUGAAGAAGGUGAAGCGUACCUGUCAGAGAUUGAGAGUAUUGGGCAAGCAUAUGAAGAUAUACAAACACAAAAUCAACAAUUGCUACAGCAAAUUAUCGAGAGAGAUGACCACAAUACAAAGGACAUUGCCUGCCUCUCCAUCUGUGUAGCCUACCCUUCUCCAUGCCGCUUCCUUCUGAUCUGCAGCAGCUGUAAGGGAGAAGACGCGCUAAGAUGGCAUCCAAAGCAUUCCCAUACUGCUUGGAGAGGAAGACAGACAAGAAAGAGAAGGGGAUAGAGGAGGGAGGAAGAUGGGAGAAAAGAGGAGAUGCAAACGAUAUAUAUACUUUGAGCCAAUAACCAGUGGCACCCAGACAGUUCCAGACCACUUCGGAAGUGGGUUUUGAUCCAGACUGAGAUAAAUCUAGGUGGCUGGAGAAAUAAAAGGCAAUAUGAGGGGGUUGACUGAGAGUCUGAGACAAGGCCGUGAGUCCAAUACAAUUUGCUAUUUUCUAUAUCUACUUCUAUGGAACUGAUCCUUCCUGUGCCAAUCGUCUUUUAUGGAAGUAACAUGCCAAUGCUGCCACUGUGGGAUUAGUGCUGAUCUCUUGUUGAUGUGACAAACUGGUAUGGUAAUAGAUGGAUAACACAAGCAAAGGUCAAUGAUGACUCUUGAUUUGGUCGUGCAGGGAGCAGAAACUGGCAUACUUUGCGCAAAAGCACAAGAAUCUGUUCCAUUUUCUUUGGCAACAUUAUCUUCCAUGUCAUUUUGUUGCCAGCUAGUCAGUUGUACUAUUCUGCAACAUAAUAUUUUAUCAUUUUAUUUCUACUGACUGGUCCAAGCAUCGUUCUUAACACCUACUGGCAUGAUGGUCUGUCUAAAUGGUGAACACAUGCUCAAGUUGGAUGGAGCAAUAUCUUUAAAAUAAGUAUAAUGUUUUUGUUGUGGUCAGUCUGCCUACAUUCCCAUCUUCUGUUCAGCAACAAAUGACAGCUACGGUUAUACAGCAGAGAGAAGGUGUGGUGCUACAUACUGAAGCUGUGUAGAAAACUUCAAAUUAGUAAUGUGUGCGCAUAUUUGGCUGAUUAAUCAACAUAGCUUUCAUAAGAAAAAUCAACCAUGGUCAUUCUAGAGUCAUGUUUAUCUUUAUUUGUCAGAGAUAGAAGUAUAAGAAUCUUUUUGAACAGUGACCUGUAUUGC